AUAGCUCCCGAAACUGCCCCUCCAUCGUGAGGAUAGUCGCUGAGUCCUGACUAAGGUAAAACAACAUAGUCGAAAGAACUCCGCACACAACCCGGAAGCCAUGGAGCAAAUACCACUGAACCACGAGGCCUCGGCUGGCGAUACCAACAAGCAAGCCGUCAACGAGCUUCCGCCUGAUGUCGUUCAAUGCCUUGAAAACGCCCGUUUCCUUCAUCUUGCGACAUGCAUUGACAAUCAGCCCCAUGUGUCGCUGAUGAACUACACCUACCUGCCGUCCUCACCUUUCUCGACCGCGCCUGUCAUUGUAAUGACAACGAACCCAUCCUCAAAGAAGACGAACAACUUAGUCGAAAACCCGAAUGUUUCGUUGCUGGUACAUGAUUGGGUAUCACACAGACCACCAACCCAAAGCCGGCGGCCAUCAGGAGGCUCCCCUGGUCCAGAACACCGAUCGAGUCUCGCCUCUCUGCUACUCAAUAUGAACUCAAGCGCCAUUAGUAGUAUCAGCGCAACGAUAAAUGGAACGGCCACCUUGGUGUCGCAGGGAUCCGCGGAGGAGACCUACUACAGGAACCAACAUCUCGAGAACAAUACAUUUGACUCUGAGAACCCAUUUGUUUUCAACCAGCAGCAGACGAACCAGGAGGAUGGCGGCCGGGAAUGUUUCGUGGCUGGCGAGGAGGUCAGGGUCAUCGUGGUCAGCAUUAAAGAUAUACGGACAAGUGACUGGAAGGGUGGUGUCAAGGACUGGGUAUUGUCUCCGGCAACGGGGCCAGCGGCCAACGGCGUUUGAUGGAGGUAGGUUUCCACGAGUAUGUAGCGAACAAAUUGAAAAUUAUGUAAAUGUCUGAAGCUUCUAGUCUGGAGUGACUAGAGUCGGUGUCGGGUUUGAUACUAACUUGGAUGACACUAAUUUAAAUCAAUAUUUCAACCCACAGAGGGUGAGUAUUUCGCAGCAUGUUAAACGGUUUUGCUUCACAGCUGAGAAUUGCAACUAACCCAUGCCCCUGGAUGCCUUAAAAGGAAGGCCGAAUUUAUUUGCACCUUCUUGAAGGUUUCGACAAUGACUAGCGUAGGAAUCCACCGCCUUGCAUUGUAAGAGUAUUUCUUCUUUGCUCCGCCUCUUCACGAGUCCACCUCCCACGGUACAUUGCGUUCCAUUGAGCACCAGAACUAGUCUGCGGCGGCGUUC